AUGCUUACAGUUGGCCUGGCUGAUGAUUUCUCUGUUCCAGGUUUCCUCAUGGAGAACUCUUACCUGCUGAAGAUCUCCAGUUCCAAGCAAGUCCUCAUCUUCUUGCUCUGUCAGUUCGUGGCUUCGUUCUGCUUGCUGUCCUUCAUCCAGGGGUCCAGAGAGCGGAGAAUGAAUCUUCAGUGUCCCUUGCAGUCACCUCCAGGAUCUGUGAACACCACUGAGGUGGUCCCGGGCUCGACUGGGAAACAGGAGCAUCAGCUGGCCAUUAUGCUGUGGACCUGGCCCUUCCAUCAGCCGUUUCCCCUUGAGAGCUGCCCGCCGCUCCACGGUGACCUCAACUGCCACUUCACGGCCAACCGCAACUUGUUGCCAUCGGCCGACGCCGUGAUCGUCCACCACUGGGACGUGCAGGGCAACCCAAGGCAGCUGACCCAGAUCCACCGGGACCCAAGCCAGCGCUGGGUCUGGUUCAAUCUGGAGUCUCCAUCGAACAGCCACAACCUAGGGGCCAUGGACAACCUCUUCAACAUGACCAUGUCCUAUCGGAGUGACGCUGACUUCUUUACCCCCUAUGGCAAGCUGGAGCCACUGGAUGAGCCAGAGAACUUCACCAUCCCCCCGAAAUCCAAGAUGGUGGCUUGGGCGGUGAGUAACUGGAACCCGUCCUCCCGCCGGGUGCAGUACUAUGAGGAGCUGAAGAAACACCUCCAGGUGGAUGUAUUUGGGCGCCAACACAAACCACUCCCCAAGAGUCAACUCCUCUCCACACUGUCCCAGUACAAGUUCUACCUGGCCUUCGAGAAUUCGCAGCACCAGGACUACAUCACCGAGAAGCUGUGGCAUAACGCCCUGGCCUCGGGCACCGUGCCCGUGGUCCUGGGCCCCUCCCGCAAGAACUAUGAGCGCUUUCUUCCCUCAGAGGCCUUCAUCCACAUAGACGACUUCCCCAACCCCCAAGCUCUGGCCCAACACCUCCACAGCGUGGCCAGCGAUGAAGCUCGCUACCGGGAAUACUUCCAGUGGAGGAGCCAUUUCCGGGUGGUGCACAAAUUCAGCUGGAUUAACCACUAUUGCAAGGCCUGCCAGGGUCUGCACGUGGCCACUGCCUAUCGGACACUGCCUUGCUUGGCACAGUGGUUCCUGGGCAAUCCACAGUAA